AGGAAUUUUCAGGAUUACCUUUUUGUUGUUCUUUCCCACUCUCUGUAGAUGAACAUCUGCAACAAACCUCCCAAUAAGACAGCUCCGGAAGAGGUGGAUGUGCCAACUGCUGAGGUCCAAUCCCAUUGUGUCCGAAGAAAUGGCUGGAGCUGGCCUCCACAUCCCUUCCAGAUUAUUGCCUGGCUGUUAUAUGUCUUCUUUGCUCUGAUUGGUUUUGGAAUCCUCGUGCCUCUCCUGCCUCACCACUGGGUGCCUGCUGGAUACAUUUGUCCAGGAGUGUUUUUUGUCUGCCACCUAGUGGUUCAUUUCUCUGCAGUCUCCAUUGAUCCAGCUGAUGCCAACGUGCGAAAGAAUAAAUACCUAGGGCAGCUGGCCACUUUCAGCCGCAACCAACAUGCUCAUGUCAUUGAAAACCGCCACUGCCAUGUCUGUGAUGUGGAUGUCUCCAAGUCGAAACACUGUGGAACCUGCAACAAGUGUGUUUGUGGCUUUGACCAUCACUGCAAAUGGCUCAAUAACUGCGUGGGGGAGAGGAACUAUUGGCUCUUUCUGAACAGCGUGGUGUCUGCCAUCCUCGGCCUUCUCCUCCUGCUGCUCAUUGCAUUCUAUGUCUUUGUGGAGUUCUUCACUAACCCCAUGAUGUUGCGCACCAACCAGCACUUUGAAGUUGUAAAGAACCACACGGACAUCUGGUUUGUGUUUCUACCGGCAGCUCCCAUCGAGACCCAAGCUCCAGCCAUUUUGAUCUUAGCUGGGAUGCUCAUUCUUCUGGGCCUGCUGACUGUGAUCCUGUUAGGCCACCUGCUGAUCUUUCACAUCUAUCUUAUGUGGAACAAACUCACCACCUAUGAGUACAUUGUGCAGCAGCGUCCCCGCCAGGAGAUGAAAGAGGCCAGCAAACAGCUGGAGUCAUACCCUCCACCAGCGAGACCCAUUCAGGAGGUGCAUUUUUAUUCAGGAAGCCUUGGCUACACCAACCCAGAGAUACAGGUGGAGGACUCUUCAGCAGUAACAGCAGGCAGAGACCUGUCAAAGUCCUGUGCCCACGACGACGACCUCGAGCUCAACUCUUCUUCUGAGCACCCAGCUCCUCAGCCCACGCUCCACACGCAACAGCAGAGGAAGAGGAAGAAGAAAAAGGUGCGUAAGGUUCUAUCCUCAGUCGUGGAGGAUAGAUCCAAGACAAACAGCCAGCCCAGGCGCCCUCUCCCAGUUCCCCAACCAGCUUCCGAAUUUUCAGCCAUGGCUGCCAUCUCCUCAUCCUCCCACAGCCUUCAACUCCCUCUGCCAGCUUUUCCUCACAGAGCCACGAUGUCUGCAAGCGGCACUGGCCAUGUCCAGGCAGCUGGGCCACCUGUUGAAUACCACUCAGAGUCUGCAGAAUCCAUGGAUGAGAUCCCUGUGGCCCAGAGCCGUCUGGGAAGCGCUGCCCCUGCGGGAGCUUCCACCCAAGGCCUUAACUGCUUUCACCAUCAUCCCUUGUCCACAGCCCAGGCCAGAAGUGAUGGGGAGGAGAAUCUAUAUCCUGGGCACCGGGAGGAAAGGAAAAGCUGCCCGAGAGCCAGUGAUGAGGAGCAAGAGCUGGAACUGACCUGUAAGGUGCCAGCUGUGUUUGUGAGCCAGAGUAGUGGUGAACCUCCAGUCCAGCCUGGUGACCCAGCAUCCAAGGCCCAUCACAAGAAGUGCACCAGCAAACAGCAUGUGGACGAACAGGACCCACACUUGUGGGACACGAGGACAGACACAAGAGCCGCGUAGGCACGCGCCCACUAAAGCUUUCUUUCCGGGGUUUUGCCUUCGAGGGAAGGGAAGGAAGGUUACUCGCUCGACAAAUAAGUUUGUGCCCAAAGAUGUGGGUGUGAUGGUAGCAACUCCGCUUUCUCCCCGUGACCCUAGGGGAGCAGCGGGUUCCCUGGGGGCAUAGACAGUAAUAUUGGGACUUCAGGUGUUUCCCAGUGUGCUGGGGAGCCCACACCCAAACUGUGGUCACCACCAGACUGCAGUGAGACAUUUACUGCAGCCCCCUCCCCGCUCGGAGGCGAGAGGUACCACAGUGGCAAGCCAGAGAAUUCUGCUUACACACCAUGAGGCACUGGGAAACUGCUUCCUCUAGGCCAAGGGACAUUUCUCUCCAGCUGGAACUUGCACUGACUCCACCAACAUCUUGUCCUCCUGGAACGUUGCUCUCCGUUACUGUUGUUAGAUGGUCUGUGUGUGACAGAGCUGCGCUGAGCCCCGGUGGCUGAGGGUUGCUUUCUCACCAUCUCUGAGUGUGGCUUAUCUUGCAAAGCAGGUGAAUUAGGACGGCUUGGUCCCUCAGGGAUGGAUGAGCCAUAGGUGCCAGCCACUGAAACGAGCAUGCUUAAAGCCCCAGCAGGUGACUCCUACGACUUCGGUCCAGAAGGCAACUUUCUUCUUGAGCUGCCCAGUAGUAACCAGGGUCUUUGAGUAUGGUGGGCCCCACACGUGAGUGUGUGAACAGUGCCUGGAGGUCAACAGUGACAACUCCACCUGAUAGCAGGGGUAGAGCCAUCAGUCCACUGAUGUCCGUUUAGCUCUCACGUCUACCGUUGUCUGUAUCUCUCAGCUAGGUGCAAUUCUCCUUGCACAGCCUCUGGGUGUGGCAGGAUGAGAAGGCCGAAUGCCCCCAUUGGCCCGGAAAGGGUGGGGAAUUCUCUCAGACAGCAGCCAUUGAAUCAAACCCAUUCCUUCAUGCGUCGUCCUCUCGCCGCGAUAGUCUCCAUCUUUGUUGUGUGGAGCCCCAUAAUCGGCUCUGUCCACAAUAAAAUUUUCUAUGACCUUU